AUGCCUCCAAUGCCAACAAGUUGCUCUGGAGUGGUCCAAAAUCCCAUUGGACGGCCUGCUCUGCUUAGGAAUCCCGGACGUGACGUGGUUGGAGUGUUGCCGGAAAGCACAGCAUCCACGGCAGAACUGUCAGUGAAAACUACUAGAAUUGCCAUGGCAGCAGCAGCUAGUGCACAAAAACCAUGUACAUGGCACAUAGAUGAAUUACAUGAGGUUGCUGUAUAUAAGGAUAAUGAAGAGUAUACAAAUGCAAACAUUAUUUUGGAUUGCUUUGUUACAGAUAAACAAAAUGUUGAAUUAAAGUCACAAAAACGUGCAGGAAGAUUACGUGUAAUUUUCCCUGUUCCAUCACGUGGACAAACACAAUCUAGAGUGAUUCUGCAGGAAACAUUCACAAUAUUUAUGAGUGACUAUGUAAGAGAAGAAGAUAAUUUCAUAACAGUCCCAAUCAAGCAUUUAGAGACUUGGACAAAAAGUGAAUUUUGUGAGAUAAUACUGAAGGAAUUUCUUCAUUUGAAAGAAGUAAGGAAACAAAAUUAUCCUGUUAAACUGACGUUUUGUUCACUGGAAAGUUACAGUUUUGAUGAAGCUGUCAAAGUUUGUAACACGGUGAUAGGAAGAGGUCACACAGAGUCAAGUGCAGGUGCAAAUACUGGAAGACAAAGUAGACAUGUUUGUUUCAAGUAUGGCUGCCUUGAUUUAGAAGAGGCUGAUAUGGUAGCUUGUACAAUGUCCUCCACCUUAAAUCUAGAGAAUGGGAUAGUAUCAAAAGCAUUGCUUGACCGCGCUGGAGGAGAACUUCAGCAUGAAAUGAACAGAGAUUAUCCAGGAGGUGUUAGGGCUGGAGAAAUAGCAGUUUUGAAUGGAUACGAGUUGAAGUGUUCGUUUGUUGCAUUUGGUGUAAUGGCACCUUGGAGAAAUAAAACAAGGCAGUCAGACAGUGCCAAAGAGGACUACUGUAGAACAGAACAAGCAGCUGUCAAUAUGAGCACAAAUAUUGGAGAUGAUUUUGAAUCAUUUUGA